AUGCAUACAGCCGGUGUUGGCGGCGCGGGUGGCAGCAGUACAAGUGCUGCAGCAGCUGCCAUUAAUGUAGCCACCUUACAUAACCUUAGUUCAGCCGUUAGUCCCAGCAGUAAUAUGUCAUCCGGUCUUAUUAAUAAUACUGCCAGUAGUCUUAAUACUGGUCUGAAUACCGGCGGCAGUCUAAGUCAUAAUAGUCUUAGCUUAAGCAAUAAUGGCAACAGCAGCGGUAGCAGUAAUUCACUCAUCAAUGGCAACCACCUUAAUUUAGCAACAGCUUCCUUGACGGCAACGCAUUCACACGGGGUGGGAAUGGGUGUGGGCGUUGGUGCGGGCAGCGGUUUCGGUAGUAUUGGCGGCCUAGGUGUGGGAAUGGGUGGCGGUAAUUUAAAUUCUUUAGUGGUUGGCAAUCGCCUAAUGAACACCGGCUUAACCACUAUAUUGAAAUGA